AUGCAGCAGCUCGAGAAGCACGGCGCGCACGCGACCCACUUCAUCGUCGGCGCCCACGUUGAUGCCGUGGACGCGGCGGGCGCCGCGCGGGGCCGCCCCGGCGCGGGGCGGGCGGCGCUGAGGCGGAUGCUGCUGGCCGGCCACGAGUUGGGCAACCAUACAUGGUACGACCGCCCCACAAUCAAGCUGGCCCCAGACCAGCUCAAAAAGGAGAUCUCACAGGUCGCCGCUCUCAUCCGCGCCGCCGAGGCCGACGCCGCCGCCACUGCCGCGAGCGCCCAUGGCGCCGACGCCGCAGCCCCCAAGGCUGCCGCCGCCGCGGCGGCGCCGCAACUGCGAUGGUUCCGGCCCGGCUGCGGCUGGUUCGACGCCGCCGUCCUCGCGGAAGCCGAACAGGCGGGCUGCACCACUGUCCUGGGGACGGUCUUCCCCUAUGACACGCACUCCAAGGUCCCCGUCAUCAACGCGCUGUACUGCUGGCUCAAGGCGUACUGCGGGGCCAUCAUCGUGCUGCACGACGGCAACACGUGGGUUGCCGUGGCACACGGCUCCCGCGCCGGCCGCUCGCACGUCGCCUGA